AUGAGGGUGUCCAAGGAGCUGGCUGGGGUUAGGCUGGGGAUCGAGGAGAUCCAAGCUGAUCAUGUAAAAGACUCAUCGUAUCUCCAGGACGCCAUAGAGAUAAAGAACCUAACACACAGCAUGUCGAAGGAGCUGGCUGAGGUGAGAAGGGACCACGACAGACUACCGGAGGCCUUGAGCAGGGUGCAGGAUGAGUUUCAGAACUUUAAAGAAUUCACCUGCAUGAAAUGUCCACCUGGUUGGCAGCAUUUUGAGAAAAGUUGCUACUUCUUUUCAACAUCGGCUAAAUCCUGGCCAGAUGCUAAGCAGUUCUGUACCGAUCAAAGGUCUGGCCUGGUUAUCGUUAACACCACAGAGGAACAGAGGUUUUUGUCAAACCACAUCACUGAGCCGAACGUGUACUGGCUGGGCCUCAGCGACUCAGCGAAGGAAGGGGAGUGGCGCUGGCUGGAUGGCAGCCCCCUGUCUCUCAGUUCCGUGAAUCGAUGCAACUGA